GUCAGUGUGCGGUGAGGAACAGUCAAAACUCCUUGUAAUGUAAAAAUGGUCUGCUUUGCGGAGUCAGAACUGUAAAUUUUGUGUAGGAAUUAAACAACAUUGCUUCUUUAUUUCAACUACGUGAUUUAUAAUGCAUGGAAGUGGGUGAUUCGAUCGAAUGGCGUCAAGUCAAUAACUUUUUUUAUUUUUAUUUUUUUAACACAGACAACAUGUUUUAGCAUCGUAUUAUGUAUCAAGAGUUAUCAAUAUACACGUAAGAUAUUGAUAAGUGUAGCGAAAGAAAGCUUUGUGGUUCGAGUUCCUUCGAAUUUCUGCAUGUGCACUUCGUUCACGAAUAUGAAAAUAAAAGGAGGUUAAGUGUCAACUUUUGUGAAAGGCAUAUACUACACAGCGUCAGCCCAAGUUUGGAAGGACAGGACGAUAUCUCAAGUGGAGACGCAGCAUGCUGUAGACUGGCGGACGAGCGCGCUCGCCGCCGGCUGGACAAUGAGUGGUCGCCUGCCGCUGCUGCUGCCGCUCGUCGCCCUGCUGUGGCACACCUCCGCGGCCGAGCAAGUUGUUCUGCUGGAUACAACACGGGAAGAAACAUUAGAGUGGACGAGGUAUCCAUAUGGACCACAGGCAGUCACACCUGGGUGGGUUGAAGAAAGCUUCACAGACUUCGAAAAAGGGAUAAAUUGGAGAUCGUAUGUUGUUUGUGAUGUGGCCUACAAUAAUGUUAAUAAUUGGUUAUGGACGCCAUUUGUGGAGAGAGGAAUAGCCAACCGAAUGUACAUUGAGAUCAAGUUUACAAUUAGAGAUUGUUCAUUGUUCCCUGGCAAUGCGCUAUCUUGUAAAGAAACAUUUAGCCUGCUAUAUUAUGAGUUUGAUGCUGCAACGAAGGAACCUCCGCCUUGGGAACCAGAAAGCUAUAAACUUAUUGGUCGCAUUGCUGCUGGUGAAGGACGUUUCAACACUAACAGUGAAGUUAUUAUUAACACCGAAAUCAAAUCUAUUCCUGUUACCAAGAAGGGAGUGUAUUUUGCAUUCCGAGAUCAAGGCGCUUGUAUAUCUCUUUUAGCAAUAAAGGUUUAUUAUCUGACAUGCCCCGAAGUUACUGUGAAUUUUGCUCACUUUCCAACAACACCCACUGGGAAAGAGGUGACAUUCAUUGAACGAGCUACUGGGAAAUGUGUUGAAAAUUCUGAAGAAGUUGAUAUGCCAACCUAUUUAUGCAAAGGUGAUGGGAAGUGGUAUUUGCCUUCUGGAGGAUGCAAGUGCAAAGCUGGAUUUGAAGCAAAAGUGGAGAAACAGUCCUGUGCACAAUGUUCACCUGGAUUUUUCAAGCACAUCACUGGAGAUGAGCCCUGUCAGCCAUGCCCAAACCAUAGCAAGGCAUCUGAUUAUGGAUUUAGUGAGUGUCAGUGUGAUCCACAGUAUUAUCGGGCAGAGAAAGACCCAAAAACUAUGCCCUGUACUCAACCUCCAUCGCCUCCAAGAAAUGUAACAAUUAAUUUUGUAGACCAGUCAACUGUCAUGUUAUCAUGGCAUGUGCCAAGCUUUCAAGGGGGGAGAGAUGACAUUGUUUACAGAGUGGACUGUGAUGUUUGUGUUCCUGGAGUCGCUUACAUUCCAAAUACUGAUGUGUUUAAUGACACAAAAAUAACAAUCAGUGGACUGAAUCCUGUAACAACAUAUCAUUUCAAAGUUUAUGCUGAAAAUGGUGUUUCUGAACUGGCAGGAAGUAAUGAGUAUGUAGAAAUUGCUGUUACAACAGAAGCCUCAGUGCAGUCAUCAGUACAAAAUGUCAGAGCCACCAACAUACAGAAUAUGGGGAUGACGAUAGAGUGGGAUCCUCCUGUCACAAAUGAUGGUGCUGACCCAGAGAAUGAUGUGGUUGAAAUAUAUGAGGUGCGCUACUUUGUUCGCAAUGACGACACAAAUGCUACGAGUACCUUAACGAAGGAGCAGAAAGUAACGUACACUGGAUUACGACAAAGGACGGAAUAUGGAUUUCAGGUCAGAGCCAAGACUGUUCAUGGCUGGGGGGAAUUCAGCCCUGUCAUUUAUAAAACAACUGGCCAUGUUAUGGGAAGAGCAUAUGUGGGUGAUGAUAAUAUGCAAGUGCGCUUGAUAGCUGGAGCAACUGUUGGUGUAGUUGUGUUCUUGGUCAUCAUAAUCAUCAUAACUGUAGUGUUACUGAGAAGCCGUGGAAGUGAUGAGUGCAAUAAGAAGCAGCCUAGUGACUGUGAUACAUUGGAGUACAGGAAUGGAGAAGUGCAGUGCAGCUUGGAUAACCCUCCCAUUGUUACCACACAUACCAAUGGAAUGACUACUCCCCUCUUCACUGCAGUGGGAGCUGCUUCGAGGACAUACAUCGAUCCUCACACAUAUGAAGAUCCAAAUCAGGCAGUCAGAGAAUUUGCUCGAGAAAUUGACGCUUCUUGUAUCACCAUAGAAGCUAUAAUUGGUGGAGGAGAGUUUGGUGAUGUGUGCCGUGGGAAGCUUAAAUUAUCACCAGAUGGCCGGCAGGAAAUAGAUGUGGCAAUAAAAACAUUGAAACCUGGAAGCUCAGACAAGGCACGAAAUGACUUCCUGACGGAAGCUAGCAUUAUGGGACAGUUCGAACACCCAAAUGUUAUAUUCUUGCAGGGUGUUGUCACAAAGUCCAACCCUGUUAUGAUUAUAACUGAAUAUAUGGAAAAUGGGUCUUUAGAUACCUUUCUCAGGGCAAAUGAUGGUAAAUUCCAAGUGAUACAACUGGUGGGGAUGUUACGAGGCAUUGCAUCUGGUAUGCAGUAUCUCUCUGAAAUGAACUACGUCCAUAGAGAUUUGGCAGCUCGCAACGUCCUUGUCAAUGCACAACUUGUUUGUAAAAUUGCAGACUUUGGACUGAGUCGUGAAAUUGAAAGUACAACAGAAGGGGCCUACACUACAAGGGGAGGAAAAAUUCCAGUUAGAUGGACAGCGCCAGAAGCUAUUGCAUUCAGGAAAUUCACAUCUGCAUCAGAUGUGUGGAGUUUCGGAAUUGUUUGUUGGGAAGUUAUGUCUUACGGCGAAAGACCAUAUUGGAACUGGAGUAAUCAAGAUGUAAUUAAGUCUAUAGAGAAGGGUUACAGGCUUCCUGCUCCAAUGGACUGUCCAGAAGCAAUAUAUCAAUUAAUGCUGGACUGCUGGCAGAAGGAAAGAACUCACAGGCCAACAUUUGCAUCAAUAGUCAAGACGUUGGACAAAUUGAUACGGUGUCCAGACACAUUGCGAAAAAUAGCACAAAACAGGACAGCAAAUCCUCUUGCUCCUGAUGCUCCAGACAUGACCCAGUUUACAUCUGUUGAGGAAUGGCUCAAUUCCAUCAAGAUGGCACGUUACUUGGAAAAUUUUGAAAGAGCAGGAAUCACCACCAUGGAUGCAGUUGUUAGAGUGACUGUAAAGGAACUUACAGCAUUAGGAAUUACGUUAGUUGGCCACCAAAAGAAAAUAAUGAACAGUGUGCAAGCAAUGAGAGCACAAAUAACUGCCAAUCUAUCAGAGGGUUUCCUGGUUUGACUCUCCUCUAAACAGGAUAGAUGAUUCUUCUGUAGCCCUUCAUAAUGUAGUUUCACUGAGGAACUGAAGUGUGAUUGGACAUGGCUCAGUGUGAAUGUCAAUUUUUUUAGUGUGCGCUGUUGCUACCACAAGUAUUUUCAUUGAAAAUUAAUUUUUGAAGAUUACAUUAUGCCACCAUUCGAUCAAAACUCUGAUAUACUGUAUUGACCAAGCAGACAGUGUAAUAUGUUUGUGGUGGUGUGACUGAUGGAAGCAGAAAAUAUCACAAAUUUACUUGUAGGUGACCAGUAUUCAGAAAGUAUAUCUUUCAGCAGCAUUUGUGGUAGGCACAUUUGUUUAUGAAAUUCCUAAGUGAUCUGAAUCGUAAACUGCCAUUGAAGAAAUGUGUGCAUUUACUUAACAGUUUCUAAAUAGCCCACAAACUUGUCUUGGUUUUACAAGAAAUAUUGCUGCACAUUGACAGAUGAUAUCUUUUUAUCUAUAUUAUUAACUGAUUUUUAUUAUUAUUUAUCAUGUACAGUAUUUUAAGGCGCUAAAUAAUGAUUCCUUUGUUGCUGUCAACUUUAUAUUAUACAUAUUUUCUUUGUACAUAGUUUGAAAACACGUCCAUAAAUUGUGUACAGUAAAAGAAUUUAAGGGAAUGCAACACUAACAAUAUACUGUCAUACUUUUUUACUUAUUUUAUUACAACAAUUUGUUCAAAGAUUUUUCCUGUAUAUACUCAGGUAUAAGCAAUAACAAAUAACUGAUUCACAUAGAAUGGAAUAUCUUUGUAACUAACAUGCCUAUAAAAUUUAUUUCAUAUUUGUUUCUGUGGAGACAUGUUUACUGGUCUCUACAAACAAAAUGGGACUAGACUGAAAAAAUUAUAGUACUUAGUUUUAUACAAUCCUCAAGUGUGUCUUUUUCUGUCUUGUCACAUGUGAAAUGAAGAAAACACUAUAACUGUGUACAGCUGUGCAAAAUUUUGUACUGAAUUUUGCUGUUGGGUGAAAUGAGGCCCUAUCUGUGCAAAUGAAAGUUGCAUAUUUGUGAGAGGCCUAAAGGAGUUUUGAGACUACAUUUGUCUUUUUUUUCCAUUUCACUGGGUCAUACAUAUACCUCUAUCUGUUGCAGGUGUAUAAAGAAAUUAAUAACGUAAAUGCAUUAAAAAAUUGUGUGCCUAACUGCAGAACCAACGACCAUCCCUGUCCCUUACACCCAUCCUGCAAUCUCAAAAACCACACACACACACACUAUUAUUUUUAUCUCAUUUUAUAAUUUAAGUGGUGUUUGUCUUUGAAAUGUAGCUGAAUUAUGAAAGACAUUAUGUUCAGUGGUUAUUUUUUCUUAGCUGCAUAAAUUGUAAAUAUUUAAGAAAUAUGAAACAGUUCAGUUUCCAUGAUCUCAGUAUUUCAGCUCAGAUCAUGUUAAGACUGUUAUUUAACUAAUAUCAUCAAAAAGAAUUUUACUGUGAUUGCCAAACCAUGCAUUUAAGAGCAUUUCUUUGUUAAUUUGUGCAUUGUUCUGUGUGUGUGUGUGUGUGUGUGUGUGUGUGUGUGUGUGUGUGUGUGUGUGUGUGAGAGAGAGAGAGAGAGAGAGAGAGAGAGAGAGAGAUGGGUUAGAGGUAUUAGGAUAUGACCCGAAUCAUCUGCCAUUUAUAUUUUAAUAUACAAACCUACUAUUUAAAGAAAUGGAAAAACUGUUGUUAUUCGGCAUAAUGCAGAAUGCCAAAUGAGUUCCAAAAGCACAUAUUAUUUUCUCUGUUUCAGAAAUUGUUUCCAAUUUCAUGUACGGUUUACAUGAACUGAAAAGCUCGACAGUGUUACAAUGCAUUUAUCAAAUUAAGAUUUGUGAGUGUAAAUGUAUUCUUCCUGCCUUUUUAGCAUAAAACUGCCUCCCAAUAAAAUAUGUAACAGUGCCAAAACUAAAUUCUCUUUGUAAGUUUAAUAAUUCCCAUUUAUUAAACUAGGCAAUUACAGUGGAUAGUGAUUAUUUAUUUUGACAUUUGUAAAUAAAUAGAGUAUUGUUAAAACUGUAACAGCUGGCUUCUAAAACUAUAAUUGUAUGUUUUGUGAUUCUUCCUGAGGCACAUUUUGUGUAUAGUGUUCUUUUAGUCCAGUUCCGUUGUACAGAAUUAGUCGCCUUAUACACGAGUAUAUACACAUACUACCUUCACUCCUCAAAGAGAGAAAAAAGAUGACCCUCACAAAAACAUGUUUAUGCAGUUUCUCUGAGUGUUGUGAAUAAAAACCUUCCAUUUCUCA